AUGCACGAAAUCGUGGUUAUCUCGCCGAUCCUGAAGAUCUCAGCAAAGCUGAACAAGAUUUGGGACAACUUUUUGGAUACGAACGGAAACCUGCGCACGAGAAAUGGGAAGAAAAAAGGCCCGAUCAGUUGUUUGUUGGAAUCCCAUCCGGUUCAAUAG